AAAAAAACAGACCAAAUCCUCGGCACUCUCUCUACCAGCCGGCUGUCGUUCCCCUUUCUCUCGCCGCCGGCGCCACCACGCCGCCGCGCCGCCAUGAUCCGCCUCCGCAGCUGCGUCCUCACCCACCUCCUCUCCUCUCCCUCCGCGCCGCCCACCCCAUUCCGUCUCCACCGCCUCCUCUCCGCGGUCCCGCUAGCCGUCCCCCCAAACCCUAGCUUCGCCGUCGAGGACUACCUCGUCGCCACCUGCGGCCUCACCCGACCACAGGCCGUCAAGGCCUCCGCCAAGCUCCCCCGCCUCAAGUCCCCCGCCAACCCCGACGCCGUGCUCGCCUUCCUCGCCGGCCUCGGCCUCUCCGCCGCCGAUGUCGCCGCGGUCAUCGCCAGGGACCCCAGGUCACUCUGCGCCAGCGUGGAGAGAACCCUGGCGCCCGUCGUCGUCGGGCUCUCUGACCUCGGGCUAUCGCGCUCCGACAUUGCGCGCCUUGCCUCGCUCGCCGUCCACAGAUUCCGCAAAGAAGACACAGUCUCCAAGCUGCAGUACUACCUGCACCUUUUCGGCUCCUCGGAAAACCUCCUACGGGCCAUGAAGUUCUGCGAUUUCCUCUCGCACAGCCUCGAGAAGGUGGUCAAGCCCAAUGUCGUCUUCCUGCGUGAGUGCGGGUUAGGUGCUUGCGAUAUUGCCAAGCUGUGCAUCCAAAGACCGAGGAUGAUCACCGCCAACCUGCAGCAUCUCCAGGCGAUGGUGGCAUGCGCCGAAAACAUAGGUGUGCCCCGUGGUUCUGGGAUGUUCAGGCACGCGCUGCAUGCCGUUGCGUUCAUGAGCGAGGCGGAGAUUACAGCCAGAGUGGAGUACCUGAAGAGCACCUUCACGUGGACCGAUGCUGAGGUGGGCAUUGCUGUUUCUAGGGCUCCAUUGAUGCUGACAAGGUCCAAGGAAUCGCUGCAGCGUAGGUCUGAGUUCUUUAUCUCCGAGGUGGGCUUGGAACCGUCCUACAUUGCUCAGCAGUCGGUAUUACUCGGUUACAGCCUAGAGGCCCGGCUCAGGCCCCGGUACUACGCUGUAAAGUUUCUCAAGGAAAAUGGAUUGCUCAAGCGCGACCCGAGCUACUGUACUGUUUUCAAGGAGACUGAGAAGGUAUUCAGGGAGAAUUUUAUAUGCCCUCACAAGGAAGCUGCACCACACCUCGAAGAGGACUAUGAUGCCGCCUGUAAAGGAGAAGUGCCGACUAAUUUCAGAUUCACAUGAGCCAAUAACAGGCUAUAACUAUGAGCUGCUUGUCUGCUGCUGUAUGUCUCCUAGAUGCUGGGUUGUUGCUAAUGUGUGAUUAAACUGAUAAUUUGGUUCCUGAAUAUUGUUAUAUAAUGCCAUCAUUCAGCAGAGAAGAAACCAUGGAUUGAUUAUGAACUUUUUUUGUCCCCCUUCAUGUUUUUAAACACUAGUAUUGGAACUAAGUAAGUGUGAGAUCAGGCCAUUCUGCAACGCAUUAGGAUUUCAAUUUUCAAGUUAGUUGCUGGUGCAUUGAGACAAUGAGCCAAGGUAAGUCUCCUUCAUGUGGUUAAUGCACUCCUGAUGUUUUUGUAAUUCAUAGUGGAUAAUUGGAGGAGCAAUCUGUUGCAUGUCCAAAAUUUAGGUAAUAGUCUUUUGGGAAGCAGCUGGAGGGGGUGUUGCCUUGUGGUGUUAGCAUUUCCUAUUUAGGGCCCAAGGUUAAUUCACCUGGCUUUAGUUUAAUCUUUUUUUCAAUUAUGAUUUGAUAUACAAAUAUCAUUUUGGUUUGUUCAUACACAGAUUCAUAGCGACCCUUUUUUUUUGCUUCAACUAACUAUUCAUUCAACUAAAGGAAGUGUCUGGAAGUGAGUUCUUCUUUAAUUGUAUCGAUUUGGAGCCAUUGUAUCAACUUGCUGCUAGUGAUGUUAUCCAGACAAAGAAGAACUAAUUUGUACUGUGUUUACUGUGGAUUUUCAUGCUCUGCGCCAUGGCCAUAAAAUAUGUGUAUAGUGUGCAUGUCAGCUUAAGAUUUUUAGUUCAUUAUUCUGUUUUGGUCCUAUGGAUAAUUCUGUGUGCCAAGCACCACCAGGAGUUUCACUAGCAGCUACUUCCUCCAUUUCUAAAUAUAAGCCUUCAUAGAAAUUUCAGUACGGACUACAUACGGAUGUAUAUAGACAUAUUUUAGAGUGUAGAUUUACUCAUUUUGCUCCGUAUGUAGUCUAUAUUGGAAUUUCCAAAAGGGCUUAUAUUUGGAGUGGUCGUUAUUUCUUGCUUCUAUGUUUGAGCUAGCUCUUCUUUAGUUUGGCUAAAACUGAGUGCUUGUGAAUAUAGUCACCAAAUAGUUGGUGUCAUAUACAUCCAUACUCUGAAUACAUGGUCUGAAUAUCGGCAGAGACUGCAGGUUCUUAAUUACUCCCCGUAGUAUAUUUGUUUGCUCGA